UAGUAAAACAUUACUAACUGCACAGUUCACGGAUAUUUAAUUAAUGGCUUUGUUACAACAGCUUCUUGUUUUUGUGGCAUUUGCAAGUUUCACUGAAGGAGAUGGUUUGUUGCCUGAUGGUCCUCUGAAUGCAGCUGUAGGAGAAACUGUGAUGUUCACUACAACACUGUCUCCAACAGAGAAACCGUUUCAAUCUGUGAACUGGAAUGUUAAUUUCUCUACAACUAUAAUAACCAUGAUUAACUCAGAAGAAACUAUUGCACCUGAGUAUGAAGGCAGGAUCACCUUCUUCCCAUCUACUGCGUCUGUGGAGCUCAGGAGUCUCACUCUGGAUGACACUGGAGAUUACACUGUUAACAUUAUACAAGAUGGAAAAGCCCAGCAGGGUCGUACUACUCUGUUGAUAUACGUGAAAGUCUCCAAUGUGUUGGUAACUUCCAGCAGCACAGACUUGGUUGAGUUCAGUGCUUCUGUCUCUCUGUCCUGCUCUGCCUCUGGAUCCUCUCUCUCUUUCCUCUGGUUGAACGGCAGCUCUGAGGUUACAGCAAGUGACAGAGUUCAGCUCACUGAUGGAGGCUCCAGUCUGACUAUAAUCAAUGUGACCCGCUUUGACCAGGGACCAUUCAGGUGUCGUGUGUCCAAUCCUGUCAGUACUGUUACCAGUGAUCCAGUAAACCUCUCCAUCAGCUAUGGCCCAGAAAAUAUCAAUUUGAUGUUAUCUCCACCACAAGGAUACUUUGCUGAGGGGUCAGACAUCAGCCUCACCUGCUCGGUUGGAUCCAGACCUCCUGCUCAGUUUAAGUGGUUUCUGAAUGGAGAUCAGCUGUCUGAUACUGAAGAGCUCAGACUGAUGAACGUUAACAUGAGUAACAGUGGAAACUACAGCUGUCAGGCCUUUAACAACAAAACUCUGAGAUCUCAAACGUCUGAGUCUUCAGCCAUCACUGUGCUGGAGGAAAUAUCAGGUUCUUCUGUCAAACCAUCAAUAAACCUGCCAGUUGAGGGAACAUCUGUCAGUUUAACCUGUGAGGCUUCUGGCUCAGUCUUUACAAGGAACUGGAUGAAGGAUGGCUCCGAACUGACCCCGACUGACAACAUGAUCCUUUCUGACAAUAACAGAGUGUUGACCUUUGACACUGUGAAGAGGAAAGACAAUGGAGAAUAUUUCUGCCAGAUCAGCAACCCCAUCAGCAGUGAUGAAGCUAAAUACAAUAUGACUGUUAAUUAUGGACCAGAAAAUGUUCAAAUCAAAGGUCCAAAUAAGAUAAAUAUCAAAGGCACCUUAAAACUGACCUGCUCUGCUGAAUCCACACCAACUGCCAGAUUCACCUGGUUCUUAAAUGGGACAGAGAAACUCACCAAUUCAGCUGAGUACAUUAAAGAAGAGGUUGAACUUUCUGACAGUGGAAACUACACCUGUCAAGCCUGGAAUAAUAUAACUAAGAAAACAUCAUCAUCAGCUGUGCAUGGACUGACUGUAACAGAAAAAUCAUCAGGAUUAUCUGCUGGUGCCAUCGCUGGAAUAGUAAUUGCAUGUUUAGUCCUUGUUGCUGCAGCUGUUGGUGGCGGAUACUACUUUUAUAAGAAAAAGUAAGUU